GGCAAAUGGAUGCAUAGCCAAAGGCCCUCUCUACCGUAAGAAGUAUAAAAAGCGAGCGUCCAUGGCGUGUCCAUCACUUCUUUCUUGCUUCUUGAUCACACACAUACGCAUAUCAUGAAGCACAUUAUCGUAGCAUCACUGAUAUUAGCAGUCGCUUGCACAGUCCAAGGAGGCGAGGCUGAUAAACGAAAAAAUGGAAAACGAGGUAUCAUCAGUUCAUUUGGUAGUGGAGGAUCUGAAAAAACUGUAGGUGCCAGUAUUUCCGUUGGAGGUCAACAGUCUGGAGGAAGCUACGGAGAUAUUUCACAAUCUGGAGGACAACAAUUUGGAGGAAAUAGUCUUUCUCUCGGAGGAGGUCAACAGUUGAGUGGAGGCAGUGCUCUUUCCUUCAGUGGAGGUCAUCAAUUGGGGGGAGGCAGUCUUACAUUUGGAAGUGGCCAACAAUCUGGCGGAUAUUCAUCGCUUGGUGGACAGUCCGGUUACAGUCUCGGAGGAGGUCAAUCAAGUGGGAUUUCCUUGGGGGGACAGCAAUUCGGAGGCCAUAGCCUAGGUGGAGGUCAAUCCAGCUCGUCUCAAGGAGGAGGUCUACAAUUAAGUUACGGUCUUGGAGGUCAGUCAAGUGGAAUUUCUUUCGGAGGACAGCAAUCAGGAGGUUAUAACCUAGGAGGAAGUCAAUCUGGUGGAAGUUACGGAAGUAGUUUGUCUCUUGGAGGAGGACUUUCUUUGGGAGGACAACAAUCCGGGGACUACAGCCUAGGUGGAAGUCAAUCUGGUGGAAGUUACGAAAGUGGUUUGUCUCUUGGAGGAGGUCAAUCCAGUGGACUUUCUUUGGGAGGACAACAGUCCGGAGGCUACAGCCUAGGUGGUGGUCAAUCCGGUGGAAGUUAUGGAAGUAGCUUAUCUCUAGGAGGUCAAUCAAGUGGAAUAUCUUUGGGAGGACAACAGUCUGGAGGCUACAGCCUGGGAGGAGGUCAAUCCGGUGGAAGUUAUGGCAGUAGUUUGUCUUUGGGAGGUCAACAGUCUGGUUACGGUCUUGGAGGAGGCCAGUCCAGUGGCAUUUCUUUUGGAGGACAACAAUCUGGAGGCUACAGCCUAGGUGGAAGUCAGUCUGGUGGAAGUUAUGGAAGUAGCUUAUCGCUUGGAGGAGGUCAAUCAAGUGGACUUUCUUUGGGAGGACAACAGUCCGGAGGCUACAGCCUAGGUGGAGGUCAAUCCGGUGGAAGUUAUGGAAGCAGCUUGUCUCUAGGAGGCCAAUCAAGCGGAAUUUCUUUAGGAGGUCAACAAUCCGGAGGUUAUAGCCUGGGUGGAGGUCAAACUGGUGGAAGUUAUGGAAGUAGCUCGUCUCAAGGAGGAGGUCUGCAAUUAAGUUAUGGUCUUGGAGGAGGUCAAUCAAGUGGACUUUCAUUGGGAGGACAACAAUCCGGAGGCUACAGCCUAGGAGGCGGACAAUCCGGCGGAAGUUACAGAAGCGGCUUGUCUCUUGGAGGAGGUCAACAAUCCGGUUUUAAUUUUGGAGGUCAAUCAUCGUCGGGAGGAAUAGGAAUUGGAGGAGGAUCAAGUGGAAUUGGACGAGGCGCCACUGUCAGCACUGUUAGCCAAAGAGUACCAGUUCCUGUCCCACAACCAUACCCAGUUACAGUAACACGCCCAGUACCAGUUCCAGUACCACACCCUGUCGAAGUACCAGUACCCCGCCCAGUCAAAGUUCCCGUCCCAGUACCAAAACCUGUCGUUGUGCCAAGACCAGUACCAGUCACAGUAACCCGUCGUGUACCAGUACCAGUACAAGUACCAGUUAAAGUACCAGUACCACAACCCGUUGGUGUACCAGUUCCUCAACCUUACCCAGUUACCGUACCCCAACCUGUACCUGUUCGAGUACCCCAAACUAUCGUAGUACCAGUACCACAACCCAUUUCAGUGGGAGGAGGUAGCGGUGGUUCCAGUUUUGGAUCGGGAUCUUCGGGUUUUGGAAGCGGAAAUUCCGGUUACGGCUCAAUUAGUCUUGGAGGUGGAUCAAGCUUUGGACAAAGUUCCGGAGGUUAUGGAAGUGGUUCUGGACAAGGGUCUCUAACCCUACAUCCCAUUUCAAGUGGACAAUCUGGAUUAUCAACCGGAAGUAUUGGAGGAAAUCAGGGAUUUUCGGGUGGUUACGGGGAACAAACUAUUGACUUAUCCGGAUAUGGAGGUUCGUCAUCACUAAGUUCUGGAGGCAAUCAAGGAAUUUCCUCUGGAGGAGGAUACAAGUACUAGAAUGACAUCAUUUCCUUCAUUUUUUCAUUAUCAUCCCACGUACACAUGAGCUGUGAUAACUCAUUUAAUUUUUGUUGAAACUGCAUUUUUUACUUCUUAAUGCAAUAAAGAUUUUUUAUAAAAAAGCGUUUAAUUUGUCGUAUAACAUUAACAAAGGAAAUAAAAGAGAACACCGAUAA